GUGGAAUUGUAUUUGAGGGGUUUAGCUUUUUCACCAUCGCCCUUCAUUGUCUCUCCUCCGUUUUUUCAAGUUAAGACAGAGAGAGAAGGAGAGAGAGAGAGAGAGAGAACGAGAGAGAAGGGGUUAAGAGGAAAAACCACCAAACGGCUAUAAUUGACGUUUUGAGUCUCGUAAGACAGAUAGAUAACGCUACGAAGAUCAUCUCUCUUCUGACGUUUCUGUGCGGAGAUUGUGAUCGUCAUUAGGAAGCCCGUGGUUGCUGAUUUGGGGGUUUGAACGAUCUAAAAUCUCGAACAUUUUUGUGGGAUAUAGACAGAAAUCUGCAUUUUUUUUUCUGUAAUUUGAGGGUAUAAGUCUGGUUUUUCAUCAUGCCUGAUGGGUAUUCUAGUUCGAAGAAGACGGACGAUAUAUGCGAAGACGUUUGCGGCGAGCAGGCAACCCGCGCAGCGUUGACUAUGUCAAGACUCCGAUGCAUCUUGCGAGGUCUAGAUUUGAAGACUUAUAUACUUUUGUUUGUGAUUGUGCCAACAUGUACCCUCGGUAUCUAUUUGCAUGGCCAGAAGAUUUCCUACUUCCUACGACCCCUAUGGGAAUCUCCUCCAAAGCCAUUUCAUCAUAUUCCUCACUAUUAUCACGAAAAUGUGUCAAUGGAGGCUCUUUGCAAACUUCAUGGGUGGGGAAUUCGUGACUCCCCGAGACGGGUGUUUGAUGCUGUUCUAUUCAGUAACGAACUAGACAUCCUCGAAGUCCGAUGGAAUGAAUUGUAUCCUUAUGUAACACAGUUUGUACUCCUUGAAUCAAACUCAACAUUUACUGGCUUAUCCAAGCCAUUGCUUUUUGCAAGUAAUCGAAAGCGGUUCAAAUUUGCUGAGCCUCGAUUGACUUAUGGUAUGAUUGGGGGAAGAUUCAGGAAGGGCGAGAACCCAUUCGUCGAAGAGGCUUAUCAGAGAGUAGCACUGGACCAGCUUCUAAGAAUAGCGGGUAUAGAUGAUGACGACUUGUUGAUAAUGUCUGAUGUUGAUGAGAUCCCUAGCAGUAACACAAUUAAUCUCUUGAGGUGGUGCGAUGAUAUUCCCUCUAUCCUUCAUCUUGAGUUGAGGAACUACUUAUACUCUUUUGAGUUUUAUGUAGAUAACAAGAGCUGGAGGGCUUCAGUCCACAGGUACCAGACGGGCAAGACUAGAUAUGCACAUUACCGUCAGACUGAUUAUAUAUUGUCAGAUGCAGGGUGGCACUGUAGCUUUUGCUUUCGCCACAUCAGUGAGUUCAUAUUCAAGAUGAAAGCAUACAGUCAUUACGAUCGAGUGAGGUUCUCCCAUUAUUUGAACCCCAGAAGAGUUCAAGAUGUCAUAUGCAAAGGAGCCGACCUAUUCGACAUGCUUCCCGAAGAGUAUACAUUUAAGGACAUCAUUGGGAAGUUAGGACCCAUCCCCCAUUCCUUCUCUGUGGUACAUCUUCCCGCAGCUUUGUUGAAUAAUGCUGAAAAGUACAAAUUUCUCUUGCCUGGUAACUGCAGAAGGGAGAGUGGCUGAAUUUUCAGUUUGUUUUGAAAAGUUGGGUUGCCUUUGUAAAGGUUGGAGGGUAAUGGUGUUUGUUGCACCAAAGAUGGGGCUCCAUUGGGUGCUUAGUGGAGUAUGCUUGUGGCAUUGGUACAAACAAUACCUGUUAUCCAACAAAAUCUAGGCCAUUCCUUAGGGAGAUUUUGGGAGAACUUUAUGGGACUUUGGAUUUCUUGGGGGGACUCUGUAUAUUUCUUCUUUUUAUUAUCUUUCCUGUUCUUGGUUUCUUCCUAGAUUGGCAAAUCCAUUUGCCAUGCGAGGAGUGUCUUGUGAGGGGAACAGCUAUACCGCUGGAUGGAUCGCUUUAUAGGUAUGGCAUGAUGAUCCCCAGAUUUCAUGAGUAGAAUGACAUUUCCCAGCCUUUUCCGUGCUGGGAAUUUUGUUUAUCUCUUUAGACUAAUUUAUUCAUAUAUUCUUCCAA